UACAGAGAGAUCUGGAGACCUUUCCUGAUCUACACAAACCAGAAAACCCCAAGAGGAAACAAGAAUUAUCCCUGCUGGUAGUGUAGAGAUUUGGAAGCUUGUUUUCUGAUCUGUGAUAAUGGCUACACCAGCAACACUUCUCCUCAUGGUAACCUGGUUAUAUAUUGCUAAAGUUGGCAUACCACCCGCUAACCAAGAUGACAACUAUAUUCUGCGAGCAGGUCCUGUUGGGAAGCUACCAUCUGCCACAAGGGUUUUCUUUCAUCCUGAUGGGGAUAUGUUUGCUAUUCUCGGUAAUGAUCUGUACAGAGGAUCUUUGCCAUCAGAGCAAGGCCAGGAAUGGUUCGAUGUUGCCGAAAAAGUGGGCACAGAUGACUGGGGCAGCACCAGAUUUACCCUCUUUGAUCCCAAUGGUGAUAUGUAUGUAGUAACAGACAAAGGAGAUUUAUACAGAGGCCCAGCUCCAACCAAUAGAUUGAGUUCCUGGUUCUUUCGUGAAGCAAACAGAAUAGCAGUUGGUGUGUGGAAUGAAGCAAAUGCUGUGUUCUUUGAUGCUCGAGGCACUCUGUUUGCAAUUAUGCAAGAUGGCCUCCUUAUGAAGAGAAACCCACCAACAGACCUCCAGGAUGACUGGUUUGCGACAGCAAUACCUGUUGGAAAUGAGAACUGGCUUCAGUACACUCUCUUCAUAGCUUUCGGCCCCAAAGGAUCACUUUGGUCUAUCAGUGAACCCUCAGGAGACCUGUAUAAAUGGUCACCUGAAGCCAUAGAUACCAAUUUUCCCCAUAAGGAUGCCGAGUACAUGGGCUCAGGCUAUAAUGCGGGCCUUUUCUAUGCCUUCACUGUUGAUAAAAGCAUUAGAAGCAUUGAGAGCUUGGAAUUUCUCCCUACUGAUGGUACAAUUGUAUCCAACGAUCCUAUGGUGCUGAAAAGCCAAACAUAUACAAACUCGGGUGAUACCCCACUCAGCUACUACUUCACGUUUUCUAAAAUACUUAAGGCGUUCAGCACCUUCAGCCUGAAAGAUGGAUACACAUAUAAGGUUGGUGCUAAGGUGACAGUUGCAGCUGAAGUGCCAUUCAUAGAUGAACAAGAUGGGGAGAUUUCAAUCAAACCGGGUACAUCUCGUAUCUGGAACAUAGCCGGAACCAAUGACAUCGAGACACCAUUCUCCAGCAUCACAGAUGUCACAGUGCCACCACACACCAGCAUAUGUGUUUCAGCAUCCGUCACAAAGGUAGUAAUGGAGGUGCCUUUCUCUGCCAAGGCCACAACCGUGUUUGGCUAUGUAACUACUGUAGAGGGAAUGUGGAAAGGGGAAGGUCAUUAUGGCAUGUCCGUCUCCCAAGAGAACUGCUCUCCUGUCUCAACAUAAAUUCAGAAUUGAAAAUCAUAAUUCAAAUCCCCUUACCUGUGCUCCGUAGUCCUGAGAUUAGCAUUAUGGUGUCAUUGUAUUGGGAGUAUAUAUCUAUUCACUGCAUGGCUUGUGUAAUGUAAAAUGUAUC